AUGUUGGACUUGAGCUUCCUGACCGAGGAGGAGUACGAGAAGCUGAUGAAGGUUCUGCAGAGAGACGCAGAGCUGAAGAAGAAGGAUGGGGAUCGCAUCAGGCGGAUACAAGGCUCCAUCAAGGAUGAAAAGAAGAAGAAGUUUGUGACAGGUGAAUGGUUUUCAGAAGUGAAGGCAAAACGGUUUCAGGAAGACUUAGAGGGGCCGGAUCUACUUCGAGCAUCGAUUAGGAGGAAAAAGGGCAAACUAGAAAAUGAGGCCAACGAGCACAUCUGCACAGGUCUGGAAAGCAAAGCUGCCCCGAGUCCUGUAUUCCCUGAGCACGCUGCUGGCGCUGGAGAGGAGAGAUCCAGCACAUAUGCUCUUGAUACCGCAGUGGAGCGUAAAAUCUUGCCAAAACCGAAGCCAAGACCUCCUGUCCCGCUGCCUGCAUCACACAAGAGAUCCAGUAUACACGAUGUCUCUUCCUCAGAGAGUGACACUGGAACAAGUCGGUUUGUGGCUGCAACAAACAGCUUGCAUUUGUCUAGAAAAGGUCAUGGAGUAUCUCCGCUGCCCACCAAGCUUUUCGAGGAUGCUGUGCCUCAGCCCAGCAGUGCGGCCGGAGGAGAAGCUGUUGAUGGGGCCGCUGGCACUACAGUGGGGCCAAAAACUCCCCCUGAAGAAACUUACGCUCCCAGCAAGAUACCAGUUAAGAGGAAACCGAGCAGAACUUUCCCCAGAUCCGAGCAGUUUGUGAAUCACGUGGGGCCAGCAGAGAACAGCUUCGCGAAGAGGGAGCUGCUGGCAAGCCCCAAACCACCGAGCGUGGCGGGGGAAAGCAGCCAGGCUGGGAAGCAAGGCGUGAACUAUACAAUCUCAUCGAUGAGUAACAAAGAGGAGGAUAUCGGCCUCGAUCGUGAACACUUCAAGAACCUGAAGAACUUCUGGGAGAAGGGAGCGGACUCUGCGAUGGUGGGAAGCAUGCCAGAGGACCCGAGCCGGGUGGAGGCAGAUGGCAGGCAGUUCAAGCUGUGCCGCUCGCUCUCUGUGCAGUCUGGGCAAGGCCAGAACAGCGAAGGAAAACCUGGCGUCUUCACCAAACCAAGAACCCCCUACAAAAGGACAAUAGCCUUGUCUUCUAGUGAGGAAGAACCAAGCUAUGUAGCCCCUGCAAGGAAGGGCUCCGUUUCCAUCGUUCCUAGAUCCACAUAUGCCAAGAGCAAAGGUGGCCUGGUUACAAGAAAUAACUCGCAGAGUGAAAGCAACGGGAAGCUGCCGGUGGCAGAGGAAGAGAAGGCGGCACAGCGCUGCUCCAAGAAAUCCAGAUUGCCUGUGCGAGCGCCUUCCAUCACGAUCGAGUCGCCGACCAAAGAAGUGUCUGGCAGCACGUUGGAGCCAGAGACGCCUACAGACGAGUUGGUCGUGGCAGAGGAGCGCAAGCACGCAGCAAAGUCCCUGGUGAGCAGGGUGCAGAUACUGAUCGAGCCUGUGCUUACAGAUGGUGAAAACGAUGAUGAGAAAGAGGAAAGAUCCGAUGUGGGCACUCGUGGCAACAUGGAACUAAAUGGAGACCUACCUGAGGAAAAACCGUGUGAAUCUUCAGCCAAGCCAACACCCGAUGAACCAGCUGGAGAGAGAGAAGCCGUUCAGGGAACGGAUUCAGCUGUUUACUCAGAGGAAGAUGGGGAUCAUUCUCCUGCCGCUCAGGCAUUGGCCCGAGCAAAUAGCACUAAUCUUGCAAAGAGCAUGGUGAACAUUUACACAACCACAGAGACAUACAAUAAACCUCAUUUGAUACCACAUCAGUUUCUUGAACCUGAAAGAGUCAAAGAGCUGAGCAGAUCCUCUCCUCUCCUGUUGUCGGAGACCGAAUCAGACACGGCUUCGGAAAUCAGCUUCCAGUUUAACAAGCACAAAAAGACGCCUAGCAUUGGCAGCCACUCGUCCGACAUGGCAUCUGUCUCCUCGGUGAGUGGCAGUGUGCUCAGUGUCUACAGUGGCGAUUUUGGGAGUGUGGAUGCCCAAGGUACCGUGGAGUUUGCUCUAGACUAUGACGAGAAGAACCGGGAGUUCCAGGUUCAUGUGUCCCAGUGCAAGGACUUGGCUGUCGUGGAUGAGAAGAAAGGCAGAUCAGACCCGUAUGUUAAAACUUACCUGCUCCCAGACAAGGCUAGAAUGGGUAAGAGGAAAACUUCAGUGAAGAAGAGGACAGUGAAUCCCAUUUACAAUGAGGUGUUACGGUAUAAAAUAGAGAAAAUGGUAUUGCUGAUCCAAAAAUUAAAUCUCUCUGUUUGGCACAAUGACCCACUGGGACGUAACAGUUUCUUGGGAGAGAUCGAAAUAGACUUGGCCAGCUGGGACUGGAGCAACAGGAAACUCAACUGGUACCCACUGAAGCCCCGAAGCCUUUCUGCUGUUAACGGUGUGGAUCAUCGAGGAGUGAUGAAUUUGUCCAUUAAAUAUGUCCCUCCAGGAAGCCUAGGUCCCAAAAAUCCUUCCUCUGGCGAAGUUCACAUUUGGGUCAAAGAUGUCAAGGACCUGCUGCAGUUGCGUCCUUCUGGAGUUGACUCCUUUGUGAAAUGCUAUGUGCUUCCGGACACCAGUAAGAAGAGUUACCAAAAGACCCGAGUCAUAAAACGAGACACGAACCCUGUUUUCAAUCACACAAUCGUGUAUGAUGGCUUUCAUACGGAGGAUCUGAAGGAUGCUUGUGUUGAACUGACGGUGUGGGAUCAUGAAAAACUGACCAACCAUUUCCUUGGAGGAAUCCGGCUGGGCCUCGGCACAGGUUUGAGCUACGGCAUCUCCGUGGACUGGAUGGACUCCACGCAAGAGGAGGUGGCCUUUUGGCAGGAGAUGAUGGCGGCUGCCAAUGAAUGGAUUGAGGGAUUGUUGCCACUGCGCUCGCUGGCAGGGAGGAAAAAACUGAAAUAA